UGGGUGCUUUCUGAGACUCUCAUUCGAACAAAACUCACUAGCAUCCACCACACACUCACAACUAUACAGUGAAGGCACCAAAGGAGGGAGAGCAUGAUGGAGGCUAUACCAUCUUUUAGCAGCAGGGGAGUCCCUGUAAUCAACUCUUCUACUAGGAGAAAGAAUGCAAGAACAGAGAAUUAUGCUACUUCUUCAACCCUUCUCAUUAAAUCCAUGGCAACCCAGAAGCCUUUGCCAUCAGCUGCCAAAACUAUUGGCUCUAAAAAGAAUUCAACUGUUUUUCCCCUUGGAGAGAAAGGACCUCGGAGCAGCCCCUUAACAGCUUCACCGCCAAUAAAGCUACUAACAAGGGUAGAACAGUUGAAACUGCUAACUAAAGCAGAGAAAGCCGGCCUGCUAUCAGCAGCAGAGAAGUUUGGGCUCUCUCUAUCGACGAUUGAGAAACUGGGACUCCUCUCUAAGGCAGAAGAACUAGGAGUCCUUUCAGCAGCUACAGACCCUGGAACACCUGGGGCUUUGUUGAGUCUGAGCUUAAUUCUGCUGCUCUUGGGUCCCUCUUGUGUUUACCUUGUCCCUGAGGAAUACCCCUGGGAGGUAGCAUUGCAGGCUGUGGUUGUUUUGCUCUCUGUGGUUGGCGGUUCUGCAUCUUUUGCUGCAUCAAAUCUUGUAUCCAACUUGCAGAAAGCAAACUGAAUAUGGGAAUUCCAACAAUGUUUCCGAUGCUUGGUUAUCAAUUUUUUGUUACAUAAUAUGAUUGCUGAGGUAUCGCCAUAUUACUGUUUCAACAUUCAAUGACAUGCCUUUGCAUAAUUGCAUCAAA